UGAUGUUCCUCCAUCUGUGGUCUCUUGAGACUUCACGUUCUCUUCUUUCCCAACCAUGCUGGAGCUCUGAGAUCUGUUUCUUUCCAUCUUUUCUCCCAGCCCCAGGGCACGGCGUUUCUACAGGAUGAAGAGGACCUCCUGCUUCCUUCUCAUCCUCAUCCCCCUUCUCCAGCUGCUGAUCCUAGGAGUUGCUCAUGAUUCCUUAGACUCCAUUGUAGAUAAAAAGAUAAAGGAUGCUCUCAUUGGUCUAGAGCUCAAUCCCUCUGCCCACCAAAAGACAAUCUCAUGUAUCAGUGUCAAGAACUCAGGCAAACUGUCUUCCUGCCCUGCAGGGACUGUUGUCACUGGUUGUGCCUGUGGCUAUGGCUGUGGUUCCUGGGAUGUCCAGCAGGAAACCACGUGCCACUGCCAGUGUAACCCAGGAGACUGGACCACCGCUCGCUGCUGCCGCCUGAUCUGAGAAGGGGGAGAAUGAAAACCUAAUUGUUUGACCGUGACUGUAAUGAAACCAUGACGCCAAACAGGAAAACUGACACAAACUGUCCCUUUCAUUGGUUGCAACUCUCCUCCUUGGGUAAUAAAAACAACU